AUGUGGGAUAGACUAUUCUUUGGCUACACUAUCUUCACCGGUUUCGCGCUAUCCGGCGUCAUACAAGCCUACAUCCGCAGCUUGGGUUCGCACGAAAGCACUUCGUCUGGCAAACUGGGUAUGGACGGCCAAAGAUCCAUGCAGAUAUUUGGAGUAUGGCUGGCCGCUGCAUUCUACUGGAUAAUGAAACGUACACAGAGGAAAGAAAAAGAAAAAGCUUCGAUCUAUGGUUUGCAACAUGGGCGGCUGCAUCUGCAAGUUCCAACCGCCAUGUGGAUGAAUAUGGGCUAUUGGAAAAGCCCUCCUGCUUCCAAGACAUUGAGCGAAGCAUGUCGCGAUCUUUUGAAAGUUGUACUUGCCGAGGCAGGAUUGUCCAACGACGAAGGACAAGCGCAACGAAGAAGAUUCCUGCUCGACCUAGGCUUCGGAUGCGGAGAUCAGACCAUCUAUCUCAUGAGCAAAGAACCUAUACGAGCGUGCGAUAAAGAUUGGUGGGACGAACGAGAGCGAUGUGCUACAUUUGACCAUUAUAUUGGGAUCACAAAAGACGAAUCGCAGGCGCGAUUUGCGUCGGAGCGAGUUGAAGAAUUCAAGCAUAACAAAGGCUCCACGAUAUCGCUCUUCUGCGCCGAUGCGUCAAAACCCACAUCAUGGAAUGAAGGAUUAAAAAACUCAAUACGACUAGCAAGAGCGAGUUCAGAUGAGCGGUGGGUGUUAGCAUUGGACACAGCGUACCAUUUCUCGCCAUCACGUUGGCCUAUCAUCGAACACGCUUACUCGGAACUCGAAGCCAACUACGUGGGCUUCGAUCUGUGCCUUUCUCCAACCGCAACAUGGACCCAGAAGACUAUGCUUCGUCUUCUCACUGCACUCAUGGGCGCUCCUUGGGCAAACUUUAGCACACCGCAGGAGUACCGCUCGAAGCUCGAGCACGUGGGAUACAAGUCUGAGGCCAUAACUAUCACGGAUAUAUCGGAGCAUGUCUUCGCGCCACUAGCACUAUUUCUCACAGAGCAAGACAGUAGACUCAAAAUGGUAGGCCUCGGCAUAGGACGCUUCGGUGUUGCGAAGACCAUGUUUAGCUGGUGGGGAAGGACCGGAGUCAUGCGUGGCGUUAUUGUGGUUGCGAAGAAAUGA